GUUAAUGUAUGGUAUUGCGUGGUAACAAAAUAUAUAUUGAUAUUACCACUCUAUACCAUAUGGUAUUGUGUGAUAUUACCACACUAUACCAUAUGGUAUUGGGUGGUAACGAAAUAUAUAUUGAUAUUACCACACUAUACCAUAUGGUAUAGACUGGUAAUAACUGGAAAAAAAUUUUGUGUCAAAAAAAUAUCAAAGUGGAUAUCAUUUUGAAGAGCAUAAUUAAUCUGAUCUAACUGUGCAAAAAAAAUUAAAUUUCGACUUAAAACGAGUGAGAAAUCGUCCGUUAAAGAUUAAGAGAAGGAAAAUUAAAGGUUUUUCGAUGAGAGAGAAGGAGGUCCUGAUGUGGUCGGUCAAAAGUCAACGCGUCAGCGCGUCAGCAAUAAAUAUGAGAUAAAUGCAUUUUACCUUACUGCCCUUUAGCAUUUAAUUAAAAAAAAAGUAAUUGACACGUGGAGAGAGGAGAGAGGGGUUACUGAUGGGUUACUCACCCAUUAGUUACUCACCCGAUCUGCUCCCCUUGUACUGGGAAGUGAAAGGGCCAAACUAUUGCACGAUGGAGGGACUUUCGGAUGAAGUUCGAAAGAGACAAGAACAAAGAUAAAAAAGUACAAAAUUUAAAUUUAAAUUAAAAAAUGCAAUGACACAACAUAUAGUAAAGAAAUAGUUUCUUCCAUGUUAGCCAAUUACAAAUUUAAGUUAAGCGAAAAUUAAGGAGAGAGCAUGAAUUUUAAAAUGUAGAAAAUUACAUGAAACUUUACUAUGGAAAUUGAAGUAUUAAGCACCAUAAAAAUACAUACGGUAGACUUAGUGGGCUUGUUGAUCAUGAUAUAAAAGUCAUUCACUUUCCAGAGUUUAACUUUGUGCAUGUUUUGUAUUCAAAUAGAAACAACAAAUUCAUUUAGUGUAAUUGGUUAUGAUUGUCUUCUUUAUUUGAAAAGACACGGGUUCAAAUCUUGAUAUUGAUAUUUUUUAUUUAUAAUAAAUCUUUAAUUGUAAAGACAAAAAUGUCCAUCCUAUUUUUACUCUCGUUGUAGGAAAUUUGAAAUGGAGAAAAUUAUACAAAACUCUACCAUAUAUUAACGGAGGAUUACAUUCUAUGCAAUGAACUCACUCGUGCAGCAGUGGCUCUGGCUGUGAAUGCAGAACUCCAAGGCUGUCAAGAUUCCAGCUGCUCCCACUCGAGCCACUCCCACCAUGGCCAUUUCUUAUCAAUAAUGAGCUACUUGUUUCAACGCCAUAAGUUCUUAAUUACUCAAAGGAGUCUGAUGUAUUUCAUUUCCCACCAAAUGGGGACUAAUUAAUCACAUUUUAUAUAGCCUUCAGCAGCUUCAAGAUUAUCAUGUUGCUGGAGCAGAAGGAAACAACGACAGGAAACCCAUUUCUUUGUGUUUAUCAGAUAGCCGUUUAGCUUUGCUCUGCAUCAAGCGAUAAUGCUUCUGUCUGUCGUUCAUGCAGCAACCCGAUCUGAUCCAGCCAUAUUUAACUCCCAUAGUCAACUUUGUGAAUUUAGAGAGCCACCCAAUUCCACAGGGACACCAAACUCUGGUCUCCAAUGGCCAAUAUAUAAAGAAGACCAGUACGAGGGUUUGGCUUCAACGCACAUCUCAGAGACAUUUCAUCAAACAUCUUCUCGUCUCCAUUUCCAGCUACACCAAACAACAAAAUGGUCGCCACUUGCCAUGUCCGAUCCAUCAGUUUACCCAAGAGAACUCACCCCACAACCCUCGCCAUCGAGGUCCAGCUUGAGAGGUUGAGAUCCUACGAAUCCGCAUCCACCUCGGACUCCACCACCCAAUUGAGCAUACUCAGAGAGCUCCACGAAUGCGUCGACGACUUGCUCCAAUUGCCCACAACCCAGAAAUCCCUCUCCCAAUCCAUGGAGGAAUCCCUGAUUAACGAAUCCCUCAGGUUACUGGAGAUCUGCGGAGCCACAAAGGAAAUCCUCGCCCAAUUGAAGGAUUGCGUGAAAUUACUCGAAUCCUCUUUGAGAAGGAAAAGUAGCAACUUGAACAGUGAAAUCGACGCGUUCGUGAGCUCAACCAAGAGACUGAGGAAACUUGCCUGCAAAACCUUGAAAUCCUCCAAGAAGACCAAAUCUGCAGCAACAGAUCCCGAACCCGAAGACUCCAUCUUUGGGCUUCUGAAAGAAGUCGAAUCAGCGAGCUUCAUCGCGUUUGAGUCCCUUCUGAGCUCGGUUUCUGGUGCUGAAUCGCGUGGGUGGAGUGUUGUUUCAAAGUACUUGAAAUCCAAACAGGACAAGGCGACUGAAAUGGGGCAACUGCAGUCUGAACUGAUGGUGUUGAGGUCGAAUUCGAAAGCCGUGACUUCAGUUGAAGAAGUUCAGAAGGUUUUGAAAGGACUGGCAGGGAUGGAAUGGAGUCUUCAGGAAUAUGAGGAGGAACUGGAGUGUAUUUAUAGGAAACUCGUUAAAACCAGAGUUUCUUUCCUAAACAUUCUAAAUCAUUAGCGCUCUCUCUGUCUAUAUGUAAACAAGAGCUAUAAAAUUUCUGUAAAUAUGUAUAGAAAACAAUUUUGCCAAUUGAUACUGUGAAUACAUGAACAAGUUUCAUCAAAUACAUCCAUUUUAUCUUUCCACUUAUAUCCGAUCGAAUGUUUACAUACCGUUUGGUAUAAAUGAAUUCUAUAAAUUUUG